AUAUUUUCUAUUUCCCAAAGCUUUCAAGAGAAAUAUUGAAGGAAUUUUCAAUAAAAAGGAAUGAUACAACAUGGGUUCAAGCCACUUUAUGAGGUUGGAGCCCAUCCUUUAUUAAUUAAUUAUCUAACCGGAUGUAUAAAUUAUCAAAUGUGCGAGAGGCGUUCCCUUUCUUGCACCAUUGAGCGAAGUUGUGAAACGACUAAGAUAAUCUAGGUUGGCCCAAAGUUUAGAGAAACUAGGUUGAAAUGAAGCAGAAAAUUGAUAAAACAUAAAUUUUUUUUCUUCCACGUGGCAGAGAAUGUGAAGGGGGCAGGUAUAACCUGUCAUUUGUGAUUGGUCUCGAGCCCCGGAAAUGUAUUAAAUCACAUUUAACGCAAUUUCAUCUUCCUCCUCUGCUCUUCCUAUUCCUCCUCAGGUCUCAGAAGUCCAUGACCUCCACCCAGAAGCCACACUUUUUCAGGAUCAUACACCCGUCGUUUCUUACACAUGGAUACCCUGGAAUUCCUCAGAUUUUUCUAAAAGAAUAUGGAAACAGUCUCUCAAAUUUUGUGUUCCUCCACCUUCCCACUGGCGCUGAAUGGCGAGUAGAAUUGUUGAAACUCCAUGGUGAGGUUUUGUUCGGCAGUGGAUGGCAGCGAUUUGCUGACUUCUAUUCUAUAGGAUAUGGGCAUUUCUUACUGUUCAGAUACGAAGGCAGUUCCCAUUUCCAUGUGCUUAUAUUUGAUAUGACCGCUUCUGAGAUUGAAUAUCCAUACGCUACUACUCCCACUCAUGACGACAACCUUCACGAAGUUUCUGUUGGGAUUUUGGAUGAUUUUCCAUCCUCCAAAACAACAAAUCAUAUAGACACGAUCGAUGUUACCACUAGUGAAGUAGUGUUCCACCCUAAUGGAGCAAGCAGCUUGCCAAAAGUUGAGGACAUUCAGAGUGAUUUUCCAACCACCCACAAAACAAGGAUGAUAACAAAAAACAAUCCUUCUUUUAGACCUCAUAAUGCUUGCAGUUCCCACCUUUAUGAUUCCUCAAUUCCAAAUUUUAGGGAUGGAGCUCUAGAAAGAGCUAAAGCUUUCAAAUCCGAAAAUCCUUUCUUCAUUGUCACCAUGCGACCAUCUUAUGUUGGUAGUUGGUACGGUUUGGGUAUACCAGUGAGUUUUGUCAAGAGGCACUUCAAAAGGGAUAACAACAAAACAACCCUUUCUGUUUCAGAUGGAAGAACUUGGUCUGUCAAAUACAUUAUGAAAAAAUCCAAUGUAAAAUUCUCCUCUGGUUGGACAAAGUUUGCGAGAGAUAACUCUUUGGAAGUAGGUGAUGUCUGUGCCUUCGAGCUGAUCGAAUGCACCGGAACUUCACUCAAGGUUGUCAUAUUUCGGAACAAUGAAGAUGCAGGUCAUGAUCACCUGCAGCAGUGAGAGUAGAACUUUUAAAUUUUGUAUAUGGAGGCUUGAUUUGGCAUGAUUUUGGACAAGUGUUCAGAUGAAUUUUGUGCUGUUUGAUUGUCUUUGAACUCUCAAAAUGAAAUGUGGUUUGACAA